UUCCCUGUAUGGAUUUGCAGAAAAGUCACUUGAGAUCCGCAAAUCGUAAGGUAAACCAUUGUUAUGGUCGACUCGUGAAACUGAAGCUCACUGUUUGUAUACCCAACGUCCCAACCCCACCAGGAUUCAGGAGAGAUUUUCCUGAAAAAGUAGCGCUUCGUGAAACAAAACUCAAAUUUCUAUCGUCAGCGUGCUUUCUUCUGAUACUUCUUGCAGAAAUGAGCAGCCAAACCGAAGCUGAAGAUCGAGAUUUAAUGGCGAAAGCUGCCAAGGCUACUGAAGAUCUCUACUACUCGAGAAAUACAUAUUUUCCUGCUGACCUAGAAGAGAAAAUGUCGAGAUUACAAAGCGAAGCAGAUCUCGCUCUCAAACUUCUUGACUCGAUUCCAUUAGAAGAAAGGAAAUCACCUUCACAGCGUGCAACUUAUGAAUUUUUGAGAGGAAAAAUAUUGGAUGUAUUUCCUGAUUACAAGAAAGAAGCAGAAGAUCAUCUGUCAAAAGCUGUUAAGUUGAACCCAUCUCUUUCAGAUGCUUGGCUCUGCUUGGGUAAUUGCAUUUGGAAGAAGGGUGAUCUGCCUGCAGCAAAGAACUGCUUUUCUUUAGCAUUAACUAAGGGUCCAAACAAGAAGAUACUUUGCCAGUUAUCAAUGCUUGAACGAAAAAUGGCUCAAGGCACUGAGAAUCAGGCACAAAUUGUUGAAGAAAGCAUUCAACAUGCAAAGGAAGCUAUUGCAUUGGAUGUCAAGGAUGGAAAUUCUUGGUACAACUUAGGAAAUGCAUGCCUCACAAGUUUUUUUGUGACUGGAGCAUGGGAUCACAACAAACUUUUGCAUUCUUUGAAAGCUUAUCAAAAUGCUGAAAAAGAUGAAAGUGUGAAGUCCAAUCCAGAUCUUUACUUCAACUGUGCCACUGUAAACAAAUAUUUAGAGAACUAUGAAAGGGCCCUUACUGGAUUUGAAGCUGCUGCUUUGAAGGAUCCUGGCCUCAAUGCUACUGAGGAGGUUCAAAAGAUGAUCAACCUUCUUGAUAAGGUGGAGAGUUCUCUGAAGGGGCAGACCAAAGCAAAACGUCUUGCAUCAUUGGCUUCAUCACUGGCUGAUGUUAAAUUAAACUCUUCGUAUAAAAGAGCCACCACAAGUCUUCUGUUGGAGGGUCUGAACAAAGGAGUUGCAGUCGUGGGCAGGGUGCUACUCUUCAUUAAUCAUGAGAAUUUGGCUCCCUUAUACUAUUUGGUAUGUGAUUCAGAUCAGACUUGUUUUGUUCUCUCAGUCUAUGGCCUAAGGAAUGAUGUGAUUAAAGAGGGAGAUCGGCUGACAUUAUUGGAACCUUGUUAUCGUGGUAUAGAUUUUACUUGGAAGGGAAAGCACUACAAUUUCAAAUCAAUCCGUGUCGAUUUUUUGGAACAACUUUUAGUGAAUGGGAAAGCUCCGUCUCCUCAGCAGGCAGUUUGCACAUCCAUAUAUGCACAACAUAAACCUUAAAUCAUUUGAAGUGAAGUUUUGUGAAUUAUCUAGAUUGAUUUUUUAAUAUUUUAUCUUGAUUUGCAGAUUUUAUAGUAUGUAAUUAUAAACACAAUAGGAAAAGUAAAUCGUCUUGAAAAGCAACCAAGGUUGUAAAACAGGAAGCAUCAAGUUGUUUGUUUGAUUGAGAACAUAUUGUUGCUUUACCAUCA